AUGAAACAGCGGAAGAGCAGCAAAAAAGCAGCGGAAAAGCGGCGGAAGUGCAGCAAUGAAGCAGCUGUGAAGCAGCAGCAGCGGAAGUGCAGUGGAAGAGCAGCAGAAGAGCAGCGGAAGUGCAGCAGAAGAGCAGCGGAAGUGCAGCAGAAGAGCAGCGGAAGUGCAGCAGAAGAGCAGCGGAAGUGCAGCAGAAGAGCAGAGGUGGAGCAGCAGAAGAGCAGCGGUGGAGCAGCGGAAGUGCAGCAGAAGAAAAGCAGCGGAAAAGCAGCAGGAAAGCAGUGGAGGAGCCGCAAUGAAGCAGCGGAAAAGCAGCGGAAGUGCAGCAAUGAAGCAGCGUUAGUGCAGCUGAAGUGCAGCUUCUCUGGCUCUGCAUUGCUCAUUGCUCAUUGA